AUGACUGACGGGAAACGGAUAUUGGCACAGAAAUUCAAUGCGAUCCGUCGUGAAUUGGAACUGGGCAUGUAUGUCCCAAACUAUGAGCGUCACGUGAACAUUUUGGACCCUCGUUCGAUAGAAUGUAAAAUGGUAAGAUGGGGACCGCGUGAUCCUCACUGUACCUGGUUGGAGACACUAAAAGAUAUGGCUGUCAACCGACGUCAGUGGCGUUCUUGUUGUCAGUUUCUAUCCAGAUCGCCUGAGCUUUCAAAUAAAUCAUGUUUGUACGACAGUGAGGCAUCGGUGUUGAACACUGAUGUCAUGCUAUCGAUGAUUAUGUUGGUGUUGAUGAUGAUGAUGAUGAAUUGUCGUGUGCGUUUGCUGCUUGACAGCAUUUUUGAACUAUUGAACCCCUUGAGCUACUAUUGCUACCCAUCGGAACACUUUAUAGCAAGAGAUGGGGCCGACCUCUACGCAACAGCUUUGGUGCAGAUGUCUAUUCCAUCUAUCUCGGCGCACCUUGACGGAAAAGAAUAUUCGGAUCUGGUCUUUCUUGAACUGUUGGACCGAAAAUGCAAAUGGGCAUCGUUUUCGGUGUUUACCUUCCCAGACGUGGCUUCAUACCGCCUUUGGAGAAGGCUUCUGAGCCAAAUUGCUAUUUUCUUGCCUGUUUUGUAUAACAAAAUUCAAUGUGCUCUGAUCCCCGGUUUUGCACACCCUCAGUUACAACAUCUACUGGGAAUUCCAUUCUACUCGAUCAGAUGCCGCAUGCUGGAACUAAUACCGCUCGGGAAUCGCGUCGCUUUGGAAGCUCACAUAGAAAUACACAAGCAUAGUGGGUACUGGGAUAGAACGGAACCCUAUUCGGUGCCGAUUCGGUUGUCCGGAAAACUGAAUGCUCGUGGUGACAAGGUUAUAAACAUUCAAUGGCGCCGUCGGCUAAAAUACCCCAACCGAAUGGAAUGA